AUGGUAUCACCUAAAUCUCGAUCGCACAUUAGUGCUGAUCAUAUUGAAGAGUCCAACACUACCGCCAAUCUGUUUUUAGGCGGCGUGCGGAGGAACUGGAUGGACCCGCAGACUAACUCGGAGAACUCGGCUACGCGAAAUCCUCGCGUUGAAGUUGAGCUUCCAGUCCCUUCCUACCCUCUUCCUCACGAGCUUACCUUAAUGUCCCCCGUCACGCCCGGAGAGACCCUUACCCAAUUUACCUCACGUGGUCCUACUCAUACGGCGAAAAAACCCGACACGCGAACGACGGCAACGACGGCUCUUCCAUCACCCGUUCUUAGUACAAAUUCUCACCCAAGUCCUGUGAGCGCCGAUGGAAUCGUCUCAAAUAGACCUCCCACACUACCGCCAAUCUCUACACAACCCACGGGACAGCGUGGCGAUGACGAGCGCAUAGCGGUCCAACCUCCUCCCAGUGGGCUCGCCACGUCACAACGCGUGACCCAGUCCCCUCUAAUGGGACGCGACUGGUCCACAAAUCCCCCCUCAUUCACAGGCACCCGCGUAGGCGCCAGUACACAGGAACACACCGUCUCGGGGCCACGAACUAGUCCGCAGCAGAAUGGAGCUGGGGCAGUGGCCAUCUAUAAUGAUACUUGGAAACAAUGGUCUACCCACUUGGAGGCCUUGGUAAACGAUUUGCUCGCAAAGGGAGCAAUACCUCCUGCUCACUCGAGGGAGAAAAAUGUUGUUCAGCCUCGGAUCGAGCUAUUGCGCCAGGCCAUUAGACGUAAGGACGUUUUCUAUCUGGUGAUGCAUCAAUUGUACUGCCGAUAUAGCAUUGAUCAAAGUACAUUGGGUCAAAUUAGAGCCCCUGAGGCGGGCAUGAAGACGCUUAUCCCUCUUCUGGAAGACAACGGAAAGAUGCGCAAUGUAGCUACCACUGCGUUUGCCAAUUUCCCGGAAUCUCCACAGCAGUUAAUGCAGAAAAUCUGGUACCUCCAGGUGCUAUCCGGAGUUCCCAAGUUUCUAUCACGGCUUGCAACUAAAUGGCAUGGCAUCUGGCUCCAGGCCCAGCAUCCCCCGUUGGUGGCUCAUCUUUGGGAAGCACUUGCUUGUCCAUCUCCAAUUUUGAUUUCGGUGAUGUUCAUGUGUGUUUCACGCCGUCUUCAUCACCAGGAUUAUGAAAAAUCCUUGCUUGAGUUGUUCUGGAAAGAUUUCGAUGCUUUUAAGCAGUGUAUGGACUCUGGACUGUCCGCGACGAACCAGCAGGCACUCAACCGUCUUUUUGCACAACAGUAUCUCAAAUUCCCACGUUCGUCGGAAUAUCUACCACAAACACCAUCUUCUUCCCACUCUGCACCACCUCCCAGACCUCAGAUCCAAACGAUGUCUCAAGCUGCCCCAGGAGUACCAUCGCCCCAUUCCCGAUCUUCGGUAGCUGGUGCUAGUCAACCUGCCACGAGUUCACCUGCUCUAAUACCACUUGGUGGACCUUUGCAGAAUUUCACCUCAAAUUCACCCCAGGGUCAGGUUGUUGGUCCAACUCCUAGGCCCUAUCAAUUUGGUGCAAACUCACAAGUGCAGAAUCCCCCACAACAUCCUUAUUACUACCCCAUGUCACAGGGGCAAGGGCAGGUGCAGGGACAGGGACAGGGGCAGUGGUAUCCAGUGAAUUCACAUAUGGUUCCAAAUAUGAAUCCACAGAUGCAAAUGCAGAUGCAGAUACCGCUUGGACAGGUACAACCUUCUCGAGGGCACCAACCACCGCCAGCUUCACAUGUUCAACAAAUGCAGCGUCGAACAAUGGUUGCCACGACUUCAGUAGCGCCUGCCAACCCCUCUACCACCUCCCUCCAACCAAGUGCUCUUACCCCCACACAGUCAGCGCAGUCACUCCAGCACCCGAUGCCGCCACAAAGGCCUAAUAACCAUAUCAACCAACAGCGUUCGAUGACCUCACAGUCAUCUGCUUCACCCACCACACGCACACCUCAGGGGCAGCACUCUCAGCCUUUGCCGAACCCUCCCUUCCUACCACCACCUAACUACAGAGCACCCAUGAUGGUGAAUCCGAAUCCAACGUGUCUCGCCUUGCAUCUAGUUCACCUUCGUGAUCCCAUGAAGAAACUAGUAAAAGAGGGUUCAGAUGGCAACGACAUCGAGACCGAUCUCUUCACUUAUCUUAAUGCCUUCGCUAUACACCCAACCAUCAUCAAUGCUGACCAGCCUAUCUAUAGCUGGAAUAUCUCUUUCACAGACGAUGAGCGCCAAAAGUUCCCACACAUAGCCUACGGGAAAGACAGCCACUCUUCCGUCUGGACCUUCAAGCCUGGUUGCCGGACUAUUCGCCUGCGAUUCAUUCGUCUUCCUGGCAAUCUGGAUUCUGUGAAAGAGAACACCUGGGCUACUGCGGGCACUUUCUGGCCCAGUGUUUUUUACAUCACUGUAAACGGCAAAGAGCUCCAUGUGCGUCGAAAGGUUCAUAAUGGAAAAGACCUGCCUUUGGACAUCACCGAGCACCUCCACGCUGGCGAAAAUACCGUACGGCUCGAUCUGAUCUUAGGAAAGGAUGAGUGCAAGACCAUCAAAUACGCCUUUGGAGUGGAGGUCAUGGAGGUUACCGAGUUCGACCAGAUACUCAGCCUGAUCCAAUCCCUCCCAGCCGCCGACUCUCGCGCAGCAAUCCAGAAGCGUCUUUCUCCUAUCACCGACGACGAUGAUCUGGCAGUUGUCACCGACAACCUCACAAUCGACCUAGUGGAUCCCUUUAUGGCACGCAUCUUCGAUAUCCCCGUUCGCUCGCGCCACUGCACCCACCAUGAAUGCUUCGACCGUGACACUUUCAUAAAAACCAGGAACUCCGUAUCCGGCCUAACACCAAUGGUCGAUAACUGGCGCUGCCCGAUCUGUAAAUCAGAUGCACGCCCGCAGUUCUUGGUCGUCGAUCAGUUCCUUGCUGAGAUACACGCCCAACUCACCAGUACAAACCGACUUGACGGGGUCAGAGCAAUCCAGAUUAAGGUUGAUGGGACCUGGACCCCCAAGUACAACACCGAUGAAACCUCGCCCGAUGCAGACAGAGUCCUUUCUCCAAAGCGCAAAGCUGAAGGCCCUUGGGGUCCUGUUGUUGCCUCGCGGCCCAAGAAAAGUGUGUCCAAUGCCAGCCAUAGCCCGGCUAUUCGCACCCAAGAACCUGAAGUCAUCGAAUUAGACUAA